AUGAAGCUCUCUCUCGGCGAAUUCGGACUGAAGCAUUGCGAUCUACCGACAAUGUUCUCCAACGUCGCAUUUUUCUUACGCCUCGUAACCAUCAACAUCCAUAAGAACGGCAAUAAACGUGUAUCAUUCGUGAGCUACGUAGUCGUGACUAUAACUGCGGUCUGCUUUGUCUACAUAUACAUUUUCUCCAUGUUCUGGUUCGUAUUCAUCCGCUGCAGACAGACGGGCGACUUCACUGCGGCAGCUGUGGUCUUCUCGCUCGGAACUGUCAGCGAAACUUGUAUCACAAAGUUUAUAUUCAUGACAAUUUACAACAAAAGCGUGCAAGACAUUGUACAAAGAUAUCUGGAAUGCGACAAGAAAGUUAUACCAGGAAGUCGUUUAUAUGAUAAUCUACAAAAGAGUCUACUUAAGAUUAAAAAAAGAGUCAUGUUAACAUGGUCCUUCUUCGUAACACUUGCCAUAGCGUACGCUGCGCUACCUUUACUUUUACCGGGAAGACAUUUUCCAGAGGAUUUGUUUGUUAUUUAUGGACUGGAACCUAUGAUUGAAACUCCUAACUACGAAAUAGUACUGACCUCAGAGUUAUUAAUAGUCUUGGUGUGUAAUUAUACCUUAGCAGAUGUUAGCGCAUUUAUUAUCAUAGUAAUCGGAUAUAUCGAAGCUCAAAUGAUUGCUCUCAGUGGAGAAAUGCUGAACGUUUGGGAUGAUGCUGAAAAACAUUAUAAUAAUACUAACCAAUCAAUAUUGAUGGUUUCCAAGACACAAAAAGAUUAUUUGAGAACAAAAAUUAUUAAUGAACACGUAGCGGAUCACCUAAAACAAAUUAUAACUUUUCAUACAACCAAUAUAAAUCUUUUAAAUGACUUCGAGAGUCUAUUCCGAGUCACCAUGGCCGUCGAAUUUGGACUUAUAAUUAUUGGUAUAGUUGCGGUACUACUGGGGCGUGUAGAAAAUACUUUUAUGGAACUGCCUUACACGUUUAUUCAACUGUUUGUCAGUUGUUUAAUAGGUCAAAAAAUGAUCAACGCCAGUAACGUUUUCGAGAAUGCUGUAUACAGUUGCAAAUGGGAGAAUUUCGAUAAUUCAAAUAUGAAAAUUGUUUUGUUUAUACUGCAAAAUGCACAGAAACCGCUAAAGCUCACUGCUGGAGGAUUAACCACGCUAGACUUCGUCUGUCUUAUGUCUGUAGUCAAAUCCACAUUCUCAUUUUAUACGACACUGAAAUCGACUGUUGACUGA